AUGGCAUCAGAAAAAGUCGAGAAUCCUGUUGUCGAUCCAUUCAAUGAUGAUCUUACGCACUGUAUUAUUCCGAAUUUUCUUUAUUUGGGUAGUUGUCGUAGUGCAUCCAAAAUACUAAUUUGUUUUAUUCACCCAAUAUCUCGAUAUUCGCUACAUAAUUGGACAGUGGAGCAUCGAGAAAUAAAAGUAAAUUCAACAUUAUCUAAUUUCUUUUCAUCAAUAUCUGCAUCUCCAUCAUAUAUAGAUAUUGAUGUUGCAUUUAGUUUACCAAUUCGUGAUGUACCAUUAAAAUCAUUUGAUUCUCUUAAUCAAGUAUCUAUUAACUUUACUUUUCUCAUGAAAAUAUAUGUUGAAAAAUGGCCAAUACGUUGUCUAAGUAUAUUUUGUAUUCUUAUGUUUUUUAUUGGAAGUUGGUCUAUACGUGCUUGUGAUUAUCAACAUGCAGCUAAACAUAUAUCCAUGUUUGAUUCAAUGUGGUUAUUUAUUGUUACAUACACUACUGUUGGUUAUGGAGAUCUUACAUCAUCAACGUACUGUGGAUGGAAUAAGUGGAAUAGAUUUUGA